GUAGUGCCUUCUUUCCCUCUUCAAUAGCAGUAAGCCUUUUCAAAUUCUCACGUAAAGCCGCUAAUUGGAGUUGCAUAGACAUAGCCAACGUAUGAAGCCAGGCAACUUCAUGAAGGGGUGGGGGGUGGCAGGCUGGGUUUACUGGAGCCAUUUCCUUUCAUUUGUAAGCUAGAACUGAUGUGAGGAAUGGCAAGUGGGUUUGCUGUGCUGAAAGAAAGUGUGCUCCGUGCUAAACAUGUCGUUUUCCUUCUAGUUGACCAAACCGCACCCAGAAAGGAUGUUGUAUUCCUGCUGGAUGGCUCUGAUUACACUAGGAAUGCCUUCCCAGCUAUGAAGGACUUUGUUCAGAGGGUAGUGGAGAAGCUAAAUGUGAUGGAGAACAGAGAUCGUGUGUCUGUGGUCCAAUACAGCAGAGACCCAGAGGCCCAUUUCUAUCUGAACACAUACACAGGAAAGGAAGAAACUCUUGACGCUGUGAGAGCUCUGAGGCACAAAGGAGGCAGGCCCCUCAACACCGGGGCGGCUCUCCAGUACGUGAGAGACAGCGCCUUCUCUCCUUCCUCUGGCAGCAGACGGCAAGAGGGUGUUCCUCAAAUUCUAAUCCUGCUGAGCGGAGCGAGGUCUAGCGAUAACGUAGACACCCCAGCCACCUCUCUCAAAGAGAGUGGCGUCUUAAUCUUUGCUAUUGGCACCAAAAAUUCCAGCCGAGAGGUUGAGAAGAUUUCUUCCGAUCCUACCUAUGCCCAGUCUGUGUCAGACUUUUCGGAGCUGCCAAAUGUCCAGCAGCAAUUCCUGGCCUCUGUGAACACUGCUGUCUUGGAGGUAACACAGACAUCACCACCGGUUUUGGGUAAGACUGAUUUAACCAUAUUGCUCCUCAUCUCUUCAGAUAGGCUUUUCUGUGGUGUAUUUAUUCCUUUCUGCCCCCAAUGUAGAGAAAAAUGAACUAUUGUCAGGCCAGCGUGUUGCAUGUCCAGACAUAUCUUAAAACAACCCGAGAGUGAUUUGAGUGCUAGAGUUUCACCCAUACUCUGCAGGCUAAAGUUCUCAUAUGGGUGUGUGUCUGUGCAUUUCAAUACCCUUAGUUGACAGAA